CGGCGUGCACGUGCGACGUCCCCAGGAUCGGCGGAGAACGCCGGUCUAUGACCUUGUUCCACCGAGUAACACUCUCUUCGAGAUCGGAAGCAAUGGACGGCCCCUCUUGCCCUCCCGUCCGGUGGAGAUGCCGCCGAGAAAGCUGGGUUGAUCCAAUGGAAGAGGAGGCUAUUUGUCACACAAAUGGAGGAAAUUUUCCCGUGGAAGUGAAGCAGACAAAGAGGAAUAAAGAAGCAGAUUCAGUUGGCUUUGCUCAAGAGUUGACAAUGACAUCUAAUAAGAAGUGCCAAAAUGAACCAGUUAUAGGGCAUCAACCUGGCACAAAUGGAGAAUCAAGCAAGUUUCAAGACAGAAACAGAGUUCUAAGUACAAAAACAGCAAAGCUGCAGCUGCUUGAGAUCUGUAUUGCAAAUUGCUGGAAUCCUCCAUCAUUUAUUUUGUCCAAGGAAGAUGGAUCUGACCUCCAAAAAAGGCAGGUUUGUCAAGAACUUUGAUGAUUAAAUCGGAUAGACCAAGUAGUGGAAGAGACACCGGUGAAGAUGAAAUCAUAGAACAAAGGCCUUUGCUUGUAACAGAUAUCAACUUUUUAAAUGCCUCUUGUGCCUGAAGAUCUUCCAAACACUUGGGUAGGCACCAUUAAGGUUCUUAUCAACCCUGCAGGAGUAAUGAUGGUAACUAAAUUUACCACUCUCUUCAAUGGUGCUUGAACUGAACAGAGGAGCUGCCACCAGCAUUUUAAUGCAUUAUAGAUUUAUAGUACCGAGGUCAUCUUUCCUUUUAUGUAGAUGUGUAGGUUGCUGUUUUUGUGGGUGAUGCUCUCUUGUAGAAAUGCUCCUGUUUAUGUUUUUUGUAUGUAUGUUUUUCUUGUUAUGGUUUUACAUUUGAAGGGUUUGAGAUUAGAUUAUUAGAUUUCUUGUGAUUAUUUGAAUUCUAGUUUUUCCAGGGAAUAUUUGUAGGGUUUUUGUCAGAUUGAAUCUGGAUCGAA